AUGCGCCAACGGCUGGCCGGGGGUCUCUCUCUCACGACGGCACGUUCAUCGCAGCCCAUUUCUACCCAUGUGUUCGUCGAUACGUGUUGUCCCAUCGUAGGCGUCAUGACAGAUUCUCUUGACCGAUACGUGGUUGGCGUCGUCUGGAUGCACCAGUCGCUGGUCCAACGUCCACUACCAGGGGAUCCACAUAAUUGGACAAAGACUGAAGAUCCUCGUGAUGUCCAGAAGCUCGUCAACUAUUUCAACGACGUCGGAGCAGACAGGGUUCGAUUGCGUGCCGCCGAGUUCCAGGUUUGGGGCCGCAUCGCGGGGGAGGCCCUGGAGCAACUCACUGCGUCUUUACAGGUGUCCGAAUCCGCCUUACGGGAGACCGUUACCAACGGGAAGCAUCUGCAUCUACGUGGCGAUUUUUCAAUACAAUGUUUCGGCAACGGGCAUCUCCUGGACGUCGCAGCCACAUGGUCUAACGACGAAUGCUGGCCCGUUCGUCUGCACUGCUUUGAUCUCGGUCUGAAACCCUGGUCGAUGCGGCCCGUUGUGACGAGAUGGUGGCGAUGUACCUCAAUUCGGAUGCAUCAAGUAUGGGAAGAGAUUCUCGGGGGCGGGACACACCUACCACCGCUCCGCGACCUGCAGUCCGUCAGGCUUCUCCAAGGCAGAGCACCAUGCGCCAGCACUGACGACCGCGACUUUAUUCAGCGAAAGAUGAGCAACGGCGAGCUGUUCCGCCACGUCACAGACUCAGCAGAGCGAGAUGUCCUUCUGGGGAAUAUAAUCAAGGUCCGAGGAAUCAUCUGCAACUUUGAGCUGUUUGAUGGAAACAUGAAAUAUAUGUCUAUCGGCGCUAAAAUCCUCAAGACAAUCUUCACGCUGUCCAUGACUGACAAGGCCACCGAGUUAGCUGAUCGCACCGAAACCAGCAUAUCAUACCGUCCUCCGCGAUUUUUCGCUGAGGUUCAAGCUGAGCGUCCGACCCUGUACAGUUCGCUUCGCGAGCUCUGGGAUGAUUCGCGGUUGCCAGUCUCAGAAUGCGAAGAAGGUGUUUAUACUCGCCUGACUGGUCCACCGUGCGCCGAGGCGGCCUUCCUGGGCUUAAUCCUACCCACGCUAUGA